AUGAUAUUUUUAUUAAUUAUAAAAUUAACAAUUGCAUGGAAAGUCUAGAAUGUGAAAGAUAAUAUUUAAACCUGUUAAGUCUUUCAGAGUGGGAAUCAAUAGGAAUGCGAAUUAAAUGACUUAAUUAUAUUCAGACUAGAUUCAUAUUUUGCUAUUUGCUUAAUCUCAUCUGAGAUUGGCAUUUCAAGUGUGCUAUAUGAAGACUCUCAAGGAAGUUACUCAUUUAUUAGCGUACUUAAAGAAUAAAUUGUAAUAUAUCCCUUACCCUAUACCUGUGGUAGCUUAUAUAGAACACUUUAACAUUAAAAUCAAUUUUAGAACUAUUCUUUAACUAGAGAUAAUUCAUCUUUGUACAUAUUUGGGGGAUUUGAUGGGUCUAAGUUAAGAAAUCAAUUGUUUAAAUACAAUAUUGAUGCUCUCUUGAAUAACCAAAUCACUUAUUAAAUUCUGCCUAAUAAUUUCAUAUCAAAAUUAACCGUAUCCUUAAGCUUAUGGGAUGGGACUAUGGAGGAUUUUUCAUUCUCAUCCAACUUUCCUAGGUUGUAAAAGUUAAAGAAUUUGGAGUAUAAAUAUACUCUGAGUUCCAUUUCAGAAAAUACAUAAUGCUCGAUGUCAAAUGUUCCAAAAUGCUUAUAACAUAGUGUUAUUGUCUAUGUUGAUGAAUGCAAUUGCAUUAAAUUAUUUUAUGGAAGGAACUCUAAUAAUGUGAAUUAAAAUUCGUCCUGGAUUUAUUAUCUAGAUGAUUAGGUUUGGUAAGAAACUACAACUGACUCAAUUCUGAAAUUUGGAACUUCUCCAAUUGGGCAAUAUUUCCCAGGAAUAAAGAUGGUGGGAUUUUUUGCAGAAAAUACUUAUUACUUUUACUAUGAUUGGGAAUGGUACAAAAAAUAUGAUGCAUUAAACUUUGGAUUUUCCUUUAAAUAAAUGAUUGCCUAUGAUAAUAAGACUUUUCUUUUAAAUUCCUCUAGCAUUCUUUAUAGUUAUUUUUCGGAUCAAUAGACCAUGAAAAGUUAGUAGUAUGGCAUUUACAUGUGUUAAGAUGAUUAUCAUGGUUAUGAUUGUCAAAUUCAAGACAUACAAUGUCCAGGCAGCAUAUGUUUUAAUGACUUAUUAUUUGAGAGAAUAUGUGUACAUUGUUAAGGACAUGGUACAUGUUUGAAUGGAAAAUGUAAAUGCGACGAUGGAUUCAGUGGAAUUGAUUGUAGUGAAUAGGUUAAAUGUUUAAAUGAUUGUUCAAAUGAAGGAACUUGUAUUCAAUAUUUCCCAACGCCUCAAUGUAGAUGUAAAUAGGAAAAUAAAAGAGGAGGAGAAGAUUGUUCAACAAUCUUUUGUUUAAAUGAUUGUUCUAAUAACGGAGUAUGUAAAAAUGGGGCAUGCGAGUGCAUUAGUGGAGUAAAAGGUGAUGAUUGUAGUAUAUUAAAUCUAAAAUUUAUUGAUGAAUGA